UAAAACAUUAUUAUUUAAUUUUAAAGCAAAUUAUCAAUGUAAAACUAUGGAAUCCAUGUUUGCUACAGAGCCUUUGGAUGACUUUAAAUCGGUGUCGCAAGAAAUGUUCAAUCACUUAUGUGGGAAUAACGAAAACUUAACAACUAUCAACAACUCUGCCAUUACAGCAGCUACACAAGAAUUAAAACAAUUAAUAAUAGAAUGUAAUUUCGAUCUGGACGAAGUUGCAGCCGUGAUUAAAACAAAAUCAUGGAACCAAGAUAAAAUCGAGCAUCUUUUAACCACGUUACAAGGAAGAAGAAUAGAUUUGUUGUAUGCAUUACUCACACACAAUAACAGCCAUCAUGGAGAAUCUUUAACAAACUUCAACUGGGUUUUGAAGUUAGUGCUCGGCAGCAGCGAACUAAAGUCAUUGAAGUAUCCACUUGUGCAGUUGAUGCUACACACAGAAACACCUCAAGGCAACAAGGGGCAGAGAAUGUAUGAGUUAAAUAAAGAAACAUUGUCUAAGUUUAUAAAUAUUUUAGAGAAUGUGGAAUAAAAUUAAGCAG